GAGGCCAGUGUGGGGCUGGGGGUUUGGGACGUCCCUCCCCUGCUCCUCCCCACCCUCAGGCUCGGCCUCUGGCACGAUGGGUGGACUGGGGCCAGUCUUGUGGGCUCUGCUGGUGUGUGUGGAGUUUGCCGGAGGCGGCAAGAAACAGCCAGGCCUGAACCUGAGCUGCUACCAGUGCUUCAAAGUCACCAGGGAGGAGCUGUGCGCGCCCACCCAGUGUUACCCCACCGACCGGGUCUGCGUGUCCAGCGCGGUGGUCCUGACCAAGAGAUCAAGGGUGAUGGUCCAACUCAGCAAGCGCUGUGCUCCCAGAUGUCCCAACACCAACAUGAAGUAUGAGUGGAUGUUGGGAUCUAUGGUGUUUGGCAAGAUCGUCAGGCAGUGCUGUUCUGGAUAUCUCUGCAACGGGGCCUCCGCCACCCGCUUGGCCCUUCGAGGGGAGUUCCUGCUUGGGGCAGCCCUCGGCCUCCUCUGGGCCCUGCUGUGAGCACCUUCCUCUUGGCCCCGUAGACCCACUGCACCCUCCCGACCCCCGCCUCUGCCCUGCCUCCGUCCCUUUCAAGACACUGGCGGGGGGACCCUCCCCCUCUGAGGUAGCGGGAAGGGUACCGCUGCCUCCAUCCUGGACCUGGCCACCUCUCCCAUCCCUGCGGGAGCCCUGUGCUCAGACAGCCAGGAGUUAGCAGUCCUGCCCUGCCUGGGGGGUGGUGGGCGUGUCCCAGCUCGGGGUAGCCGCUCCCUGUGUACGGUUUCAUGCCCCGAACACACUGUCCAGGGCCUUGCAGGGACAAGAAGGGCCUGGCCAAGGCCAGAGGGCGGCUGCGGCCCUGAUUCUGGCUCUGAUGUGGCCAGACCCCCCCCCGGCCCCGCCCCCUCCAUCCGUAAGUGCUGUGGGUGCCCACCCGAGGGCGUUGAGACCACCACCACCACUGCUUCUGGAGACAGUGAACUCACUGCCUGACCGCUCGGCGCUCCUGUGCCUCCAGCCACCUCCACCUGCUGUGCCCGGACCACGUCCCUCCAGCCCACCUCUCUACAGACCCCCGUGGCUGUGCACCGUCUGGACAAAACCAUCCAGCUGGGCCGACCGAGCAUGGGGACGGCCCCCGGGCCCCGGGCCCAGCACUGGGUUGCAACCCACUGGGUUGCUUACCAGAGUCAUGGGCUCCGGAGGGCCGGCAGGCCGCUGCGUGGACGUGGGGGAGAGACCGGAAGGUCGGUCAGGGUCUGGGGCGUGUGGGUGGUGCUCAUGUAAGGAGCUCGGAUGCAGAGAUGCCAGGAGGGGACGGCUGGGGAGUGGGGUGGACGAAACCCACGUUUGGGGGGCAGCUGGGUUGGAGAGAGUGAGGGCUGGUGGAAGGGACAGCCCCUGCCUGGCCUGCGGGAGGAGGGUUGCCCAGGUGAGGGCACAGGUGAGGAGGAGGUUGGGACAGGUGGAACCGGUGACAAGCUCAGGGCUGUCCAGGCCGAGCUGGGGCACCCACGGGACACCCGGGGGCACAUCCUGGAGGACGGGGCCGGGAGUGGGGGCCCUGGGUGGGAGGGGGAGCAGGAGAGUCUGUGUGCGGGGCUAGCAUCAACAGGUGGCAACAUCCUGGGCCCCCCCCCACCCCCCAGUGCUCCUCCAACCAGCCACCCCGGUCCUCACGCCCCCCCCCCAGCAGGGUCUGCACACCAGCCUGCCUUCCGUGGCGCACCUGCCCCCAGUCCCCAACUACUUGUCAUUUUCCCCAUGGACUCAGGUGGACUCGUGCCCACGGCCUUUGCAGGGUGGGGACAGCCCUGGGUCGUGGCUCACCGCUGUGCCAGGAGGCCACUGGAGGUAAGACGAGAUCUCAGGUGAGAUCUGGGACAGGGACAGGGCCCAGGGCAGGACCUUGCCUGCACUCUGCUUGUGAGUUUUCGUGCCGAAUUUAACCUCACCGGUCCCCGAGGCUGUCCGGGCAGGCCUGUCGCCACCUUCGUCCCAGUCUCCCCACGCAGGGCUCGUUGGGGCACCAGGAGUCUCUGGUUCCCUGAGCUUGGGGCCGGAAAGCCAGGGCAGAGGGGACUCAACCGCUGGUGCAGGGGUCAAGGUCUUCCUUCGAGCGGCGUUUACCUAGGAAAUACGUGUGUGUGAACUGGGGCAGGAGCCACUGUGCCCUGUCCACACGCCCACCGUCCCAGCCCCUCUGCUUCCCUCGCCACAAAGAUAAGACCCUUCGGAACUGGGGGCCCUGGUCCCUCCUCUGGACAGAGGACCAAGGAUUGCAGCCCCUCAGCUGGAAAUGAGAAGCUUUGCUGAAUAAAUGGGAAAAUUCGCCCAUGAAGAGAGAGUGACCAGUGGGGAAACCCCACGAGUGCCGUCAGAGGCUCAGCGAGGCCAGUGAAAUGGGGCCAGGGCCCGCAGCGGGGCCUCUGUGUUGGACCCAGCCACUCAGCUUCCCAAGUCCCCAGUGCCGUGUGACUGUCUCCAGCCCUCCUGGACACCAAGCCACACGGGACCCCUGUUGCGCAGUAGGAAGGCCUCACUGUCCGUGGGCAUUGCUAUACUCACUUAUUAGUCCCAGGAGUUUUAUUGCUGAUUCUUUGGGGAUUGGGUUCUCUUUUAUACUCAGUGCUGGAAAACUCAGGUCCUGAUACAAGCUUCCCCAGCCUCCUGGUGGCGCAUCUGUGCCCACUGGGGGCUCAUCUCCAGUCUGGGUCACGCCCUGCCUUCCCUUUCUUCUACCCGCCUCCUUCAUAAACACUUGAGUUUCUGAUUCUCCUAUCUGGCACUACCUUAGCUCUUUAGCUAUAAAACCGAUAUGGUGAUUCAAUGUUCUUGGUCUCUGUCUUUGAUGCGGGUCAUUGGCUCUGUGUGCUGGGCUCGACCAAGGGAAUCCCUGUCCCGUGGUGGGACUUGACCACCCCGAUGGAGCUCAGGUGUCUCUGCCCAGACGCCCUGAGUGAAGAAGGGCUCUUAGGAGGCACUUGGAGAGCAGGCGAGGGCGGUGCGUGGGCUGCAGACCUUGAACGGAAGAGCCGGCCAUGGGAGGGUCCCAGUGUCACUGUCACCCCCUUGGCCCUGGAAAGUAGACCCAAACAUCUGUACUGCAAGGCCGCCAUGCCUGCUGGACGGAUCUGUGCAUUCGGUCACAUGCUAACUUCACGCGCGAGAGAAACCACACUCCCAGCGUCUCCCGCGGGCUCUGGUCCCUGGUACACCACUGACCCCAGGGCACAGCCACCGGGGCCCUCACUUUGUCUUCAAUGCCCAAAUUUUGUCAUUUAACAAUAAAUUAUCCCCUGGGCCAUGUU